AUGUCACAAGCUUACAUAAAGAACACGUUGAAAAAAGCAAGAGAAGCCAUUCAAGUAAAGAACUACGAAGAAGUAGUUGUUUGUUGUGAAAAUGUUACUCAUUAUGAACCGGAAAACUAUAACGCUUAUGUCUUUCUUGGAGUCGCUUAUUUGAAUCUUAAUAGGCUUGAAGAGAGCGAGCAAAGUUACCGAAAAGCUAUUGAAAUUGAUGCUACGAAACCUCUUGCUUGGGAGGGACUUGAAAAGUUUUAUGAGAAACAAAAAAAUUGGGAAAAAUAUGAAGAGACAUUGGAUCUGAUUCUACAACGACAUAUCGAAAGCCGAGAUUCUAAGAAAGUACUCGAAACAAUAAACAAACUAACUGAUCUACACAAAACAAAAGAAAGAAACCGACGAAAGCUCGUCACCGUCCUCAAGAACUUUUUACCACAAAGUAAAGCCUACGACCUAAUCAAAACUUCAGACGGCGUUCCAACUCCAAUCCAAGUCAUGUGCGAAAUUGCAGAAUUGCUUGAACGCGAGGAAACUGAAUUUUUAAAGCGAGAAGUCGAGACGCGUCGACAGCGGUUGAAUGCUGGCCCGUUGGCUACUAUUAAGACACAAGUGCAGAAUGAAAUUUAUUUGAAUUCCGAGUUGGAAGAAAUUUAUGAAAAUUUGAUAGAGGCUGCGAAAUCGGAAAUAGAAGAAUGCAGUGUUGACUUAAAGGAGUUAUCGAUAAAGUUUCUUAAUCAUUUGCAAAAGAAACUUGCAGCUGUUCCUAAAGAUAGGAAGAAACAGCUAAGCGAAAAACUUCAUUGUAUGGCACGACAAUUAUUUGCCCAAAAGUGUACAUUCGCUCUACCUUACGAAAUAUUAAUCGAAAACGACUACAACAUAUCUUUACUGCGUCAAUACUCGGAACAGUUUCCCGAUACUGCACUUUCUAAAAGCAUCCAAGGAUAUUUACGAUAUAAGGAUGGCGAUUCUGUAGAUGAAAUAAUUGUACUUUUUAAUGAUGGUCUUGGGCCUGCUUUGACGUUCCUAUUUACCUAUCUCGCCUUAAGUUGGAUACAUUACGAUUCAAAAGAUUAUGAGAAUGCUCUUGGAUACGCGCUAUCAGGAUGUGAUUUGGCGACACAAAAGGCUCAAGAAAUGUGUCUGAUUCUAGAUCGAUAUGAACGCUCUUUAGAACUUAUUAUCGCUGAUUGUUAUUUCAAUAUCGGCGGAAAAUAUUAUACAGACGCGUCACGAUACUAUCGGAAAAUAUUGGAAAAAGAUCCGGAUAAUUUGUUGGCGCUUGAGGGCUAUGGAAUUGUACUCUCUGCCCAAAAACAAUACAACAAAGCAAUGGAAAUUCUUGAAAGAGCACAACAACUCGAUCCAAACAGUCUUUCGAUUCAGAGUGAAAUCGGAUGGGUCCACUUCCUGCUUGGAAAUAUUGAAGAAGCUAAAAGGAUUUGUUUAGCAGUUAUUGAACUCUCUGAUAAUAGUCCACUAUACUUCUAUAGAUUAGGACGAAUUUAUUGGGCAAUGGACGGCGAAUACAGAAGCAACAAAGAAUACGCAUACUCUCAAUUAAUUCGCGCUGUCCAAAUUGACGCACACUUUGCCGGAGCUUUUACAUAUCUCGGACACCAUUACCGUCUUGUUGGAGACAAUAUUCGUGCCAAAAAAUGUUAUCAGAAAGCUUUUUCACUUGACACGAGUGACGAAGAAGCUGCCUUGUAUUUGAGUGAAUAUUAUCAAUCUGAGAAUGAUAAUGUAUUAGCGGAAGCGGUGUAUCGUACAAUCAUCCAGUCAAAUCCGAGAGCUGGUUGGGCUUGGAAACGAUUGGGAUUUCAUGAGUUGGCGAAUAAUAACUAUACAGAUGCAAUUACAGCAUUCCAAACAGCUUUGAGAACUAACACUAAGGAUAUCCAAUGCUGGGAAGGUCUAGCAGAAGCAUACCGCCAAGAAGGAAAAUACACCGCUUCUCUCAAAGCAUUUACUAGAGCAACGGAGCUCGACCCCUCUUCUAUUUUCGCAAACUAUCAAAUUGCUGCAGUAAAGCAAAAACUAGGGUUUUUCACCGAAGCAAUAGAACACUACAAAAUCACCAUAGACAAAGCCAAAGAAAAAGGCGAGCCGGAUCAUUUUCCAUCGUUGAAAAGUUGUGGUGAUAGUUAUUUGGCACUUGUAAGAGAGUAUUUUCAAACGGGAUUUUAUGGUCGUGCUGCCGAUUCGAUAGCUGAUGGCUUGAAAAUGGUGGUGCGUGCUAUUCAGAUGCAUCCGGAGACGCAGUGUUUGUGGAAGUUAGUUGGUGAUUUGUGUAUGGAAGCUCGUUUUAUACCAAAUCAUUUGCAUUUGAUUCCUUUGAGCACUUUGCGGAGUGUUAUUGAGAAUCUAGAUCCGUUUGAUGUCAAUAAAAAACUGAGAUUCCCUGAUGAGAUUGAUAGUAUUGCAAUUAGAGGCAUUACAGAAGAGGAGGGAUCCGUCAUUGACAUUUACGCCGCAACUUUAACUUGCUCAUGCAUAUCCUACAAAUACGCUAUCAUAUUGAGUGGCAAUGAUUUCAACAUUGCGCCUUCAUAUUGGUACGAUCUGGCUAUAGUAUAUUAUAAAUUAUAUGAACAUGUAUUCAAAUUUAAUCAAGAUAUAGAAACAUCUUCGUCCUAUCUGAGCGUUGCUAUUCGUUGUAUCAAAAUUGCACUAAGAUUAGAGCCUGCAAAUUCCACGUUUUGGAAUACUUUGGGCGUAAUUACUUUGACUACAAAUACUAAAAUAAGUCAACAUGCGUUCAUAAAGGCAAUCGAGUAUUCACAAAAGGAUCCCGUGCCAUGGACAAAUAUCGGAUUCUUAUAUUUGAUGAAUUCGAAUCUUGAACUUGCAAAUAAAGCGUUUUCAACAGCACAGACGAUUGAUCCAGAUUUUGUUCCUGCGUGGGCUGGGCAAGCUUAUGUUGCAAAUAUAUGGGGCAGUGAAGAAGCAUUGGAGUUGUUUGAGCAUUCUUUUAUUAUUAGUGGUGGAACUUAUUUGCCUGAAGCCAAUUACAGCUACGCAUAUAAGUGCUUCCAGACCCACUUAUCAGACACGUCAAAUAGCGAUUCGUUACACUCACCAUCUUUUGCAUUGCAAAAAUUAAUCGAGCUAAACCCCGACGACGCAACUGCACUAAAUCUAUUAGGUCUAAUCUUAGAAAGACUCGACCAACCCAUGACAGCAUCUGAAGCAUUCACCCGCGCAAUACAAUCGCUCGAAAAUUCCAUGCAAACUCAAAAAACAGAAAACAUCGCUAUUUCCACAAAAAAUUUAGCGUCAGCACAAACUAAUUUAGCAAGAGUUUUAUGCGCGAUAGGUGAUUUCAGUGGAUCAAUAAAUGCUUAUUUGAUUGCAUUAAAAUUAAUUGGACUUUCUUAUUAUUUUGACAAUCAGCUGGAAAGUUCUUUAAAUAUGUUUGAAAUGGCGUUGAAUGGGACGGAAGAGGGAAGUGGAGUCGAAGAGAUGCGAAGGGAUGUUAUUGUGUUGUUAUCGCAGGUGCUUUGGGCGUUGCAAGGGGAAGAGCGAUGGAAUUUGGCAAAAGAGGAGUUGUUUAGAUGCAUAUCACAAAAUCCGAGUCAUCUUCCCGCGAUAUUUGGACUAUGUGCUAUCGGGUUACUUCAGAAUGACGAAACUCUAGCAACAGCUGCAUUGCAGGAGAUGAAGAAGUUACCGUUACAUAUUGCUGGCGAAGCAGAUGAACUUGACCGAGAUCAUGAUAUCGAUUUUUUAACAAGUCGCUAUCACUUGUUACUGGAUUCGCCAAAAGAAUCAACUCUAUCACUAGUCAAGUCUGUACACGCAACCCCAACAAAUCUACAAACAUGGAUACAUCUCACAAACCAUCUAAUCAGCACUGCAUCCUCCAGCUCAGCAGUUUCGUCCGCGCGAGCUUCACUAAAACUUUUGGCUGUCUCGGCAUCUUCAAAUAGAGUCAUCAGCACACUACAUAAUGCCAAACUUCAUCAAAAUCUCACAGCGGCUUUAUUAUUGAAAACUAAUGAAAACGAUGAAAAAUUAAAGGAAGAAGAGGAGGAAAAGAGAAUUGAAUAUGUCACAGAAGCUUUCUAUGAAGCUCAGCGUGCUAUUAUAAUGGCGCCUUGGGAUUUGGGUGCGUGGUCUUUACUCGGGGUUGCAAAUCGUACUUAUCAAUAUGCGUUAUUGUCGCAUCAAUAA